AUGGGACGUUUAGAGCCCGAAAUUUUGGACGAAGAGGUUCGUUCUAUGGCUGAGUCAGCGAUUUUGGAAGCGGCUGAUGGGAUGUUCCUGUUGGCGACACUGUAUGCUAACACGCUUGAAGCGCAGCCGACGAAGAGGCAUCUCAAAAUGGCUCUCCGGGAUCUCAAGAAAGGGGAGAAAGGUUUGGCCGCCACGUAUAUAGAGGCGAUAGAACGGAUCAAGCGUCAGAGCGAGCCUAUAAUAGCACUCGCGAAGCGAUGCUUGGGCUGGAUUAUUCAUACCGGAAGGCUGUUAUCGCCUGAUGAGCUGCGACAUGCGCUCGCUGUCUGCCCGGGCGAUAAAAAUUUGGACAGAGACUCUAUACCUAGCGUAAGAACGCUAGAAUCAAUAUGUGCCGGGCUGGUUGUAGUCGACGAGGCGAGUAACACGAUUCAGUUGGUGUAUUACACAGCUCAAGAGUUCUUUCGCGAAACGGAAGGGCAAUUUCCUGGAGACGCUCGAGUCGAUAUCGCAGAAACUUGCAUUGCGUACCUAUCGUUCGAGAGUUUCAGCACUUGGGGCUCUUCGGAAGAAACGAAGCGCCAAGCCGAGCAGCCAUCAUAUCCGCUAUACGACUACGCUGCGAUGAACUGGGUUGCAGCGAUGCGCAGAGCGUCGAUGGAUGGGGAAAGGAUAGUUGUUGACUUCAUCUCUAACCAUAGCAAUGUAAUCGCGUGGGUAAAAACGUCGAGAGUCUGGCGACAACCCAUGUGGGAAGGUGUGGAUGCCGCAGACGCAUGGAACUCGCUCACGGCGUACCAUAUAGUGGCGCAGUUCGGGCUCCCGCAGACGAUUUUAAGGUUGCUCGAUUUUAGCGCUAGCGAUGUGGACGUAAAGGACAGCAGAGGCCGUACCCCGCUAUCCUACGCUGCCGAGGUUGGGCACGACGACGUUAUAUCGCUGUUGAUUUCUAAAGGAGAAGUCGAUAUCAACGCAGGGGAUUAUUUUGGUUUCUCGCCCUUAUCUUAUGCAGCGUGGGAGGGACAUACAUCUACGGUAGAGCUGCUUCUGAGUAAAGGUGCGGACAAAAGUUGGUCCCCCUACCCGCCUGAAGGCCUAGGCACGAGACGACAUCCGCCGCUGUUCUGGGAUAGGACUCCAAUGGUGCUCGCACUGGAGAGAGGCCGUGCUAGUACAGUGGCACUUUUAUUCGGAGCGAUCACUGUUUCAAGUUUCGAGAGAGAGUUUGGUCAAAGACCAUCCCGGCGACAGGCGCAAGAUCUCUGGGACACGAUGCUUAAAGGCUGCCCAAAGGUGUGGUUAGCGAAAGAGCAUUUCCCAGGCCAUUUGGAUGAUGCGGCUGCAGCAUGCCAUAAUUUCCUUGCUUGGUACCUUGGCAUGGAUACCAAAAAAUCCUUUGAUCCGUCAAUUGUUUCGCCUCCACCACGCAAUGGGCUCAAAGAGGCCGAAGAGAAAUCGCUCCUCGUUGCGGUCGCCAGCGAAGACACUUAA